AAAGCCAACAGAUAACCGAUUCAGGAAAAUAUAUUGGCUCAGACACAUUUCUCUGCCGACCGUGUGUGCCAUUUUCGCACAACCCACCAAUAAAGUCGGAAUCAUAAAUUCAGCUUCACAAGCGAGGACGUCGAUCCUUAUUGCUAGUUACAAGUUUGCAAUCAGUGGAAAAAAGAUGAAUUCGGGACAAGGUACUUAGGUCCUGUGGAAUCAUUUUAUCGUGAAGAAUCCUGCAAGGAUAUAGAAAACACCCACAAUGGCAUUCCAAAUUAGUGAAUCGGCGUUCCAGUAUUUGUCAUCGAACAACAUCACUGCAGCAAACUUUCAGGAUUUGGAUGCCAGUCCGAGGGACCAGUUGAUUGGAUAUUGGGAAAAUUCGCUUAAGAAUCUUAGCACGGAACAGAGGACGGUUUUUACGGUGCUGGUUAUUCUGGUGAUGGUACUGGCCAUAUUCGGCAAUGUGGUGACGUUUAUUACCAAUAUUCGGAGGGAACAACGGCAUUUGUUUCGCGUGUGUCUACUCUCCCUGGCGUUGAGCGAUAUACUUUUCGUAACAAUUACGUCAAUAGUGUAUUUGUCGCAGUUUAAUACUGAAUACAAUUCAUUGUGGACCCUCGGAGAGCUAAUGUGCACGUUUGCCCCCUUCUUCCAAACGAUGGCCGUGCUGGUGGAUAGUAUCACUUUGGUGGCGAUCGCUCUGGACCGGUACAUGGCUGUGGUGCGACUGACCAAGGGAGCUUGGGAACCCAGCGGCGUAUUGUGCGUGGCCUGUGCCGUUCUGAUAUGGGGCCUUGCAGCCGGAGUAUCCAGCCCAAUGCUAACCUUGUACCAGAUCUACCACGUUAUCGUACUCAUAGCCGAUAGAACCCAUUCAGACGUGAUUACGGGUUACUUUUUAGCAGAAAUAUGCGCCACCGAUAAGAGCAAAAAUGGAUACUACUUUGGAAUUGUGUUCACUGUGAUCUUUCUACCGCUGUUAUUAUCAUUCCUUUGGCUCAACUCUAUCAUCGCUAAAGAAAUCUGGAUUCGAAGGAACCCACUUGACAAUCGCAGCAAAGUGCAUAAGAAAUCCAAAACUGGCAUGUUCACCGACAGCACAGGGGAACGCAAAACCACCUCAACCAACAUCAGCUCGAGCAAUGCUUCGGAUCGUCGUCCUCCUUCAUUUCCGGUACGUCACACCGCUUACUCCGUCUCUAAGUGUGUGUGCUCCAAUUGCGUAGAUCAACACUCGCCCCCACAGGUGCCUCCCCCACCACCUCCCACAGCUCCCAGCACCAGCCCGGCGUCCAACAAUCGGAAAAAGCGCCAGCUGCGCAUGUUCAAAGCCAUCGUGUUUAUCAUGUCGGUGUUUUUCCUGUGUCGAUUGCCGACCUGGAUAUUCCUGCUGAUAAAGCUGCACGGCACUGCCAACACAAACACCUUCUGGAUGCUGCACUACAUUUUUGGGAUAAUGGCCAUGCUGAACUGCGUGCUGAAUCCGCUGAUCUACACCUUCCUGGGGGAGACGAUCAAGGUGACGGUGUUUCUCAAAACGAUGUGCGAACGCUUUUGGGUGGAUCCUUGCCGCCGAGGAGCUCAACGGGUGAGGACCAAGUUCUCUGAGCAUGUACACAGUGGCAAAGGGGAAGUUACACUGCGGGUGGGGAAGAAGCGACCGCAUCAACAGCAAAAGCAACGUGACGGAAUGUUUAGUGGAGAUUGAGGGUAACGAUGGAGGUUAGUGUGAAAAUGUAAUGUGUAUGUUGUUUGCAACAAUUUUUGAAAAUAUAAAUGUGAAUUUGUUUUGUGCA